UAUGUUGUUGUCCACAGAUGCUUUGACGAAAUGGCAUGAGCACGACUAGGAUGGAGCGGGCCGGCCGGCGCAGCAAGGCCGGCUCGCUGAGCGGUCUGUCCGGUGGUUUGGGCAGCACGCCGGGCGCGGGCGUGCGCCGCCAACGCUCGCUGGAGUGGGGCGGCGACCGCUACAGUAGCAGCGACGAUGACCGUCCUCCGCAGCCACCGCCGCUCGCCGAUAGAGUCUUCGCUUCACUUCUUGCUCAAGCCACGCAGCAGUUUGAUAAUGAGCAGCGUCGUAUUUACGGGUCUGAGUGCGGAGAGGAGCCACCGCGCUACGUCAGCAGCCCGCAGCGACAAGCCUCGCCGUUUCCGCUCGAGAGCACCGGCCGGAGAUACUUACGGAGGAACAGGAACUCCAAAGGUGAAGAGCUGUUCUCGGCGGAAGCAAGCGGGACGCUGUCGAGGCGAGGGCGCCGCUCCGAGGAGUUUGCGCACGACAACAAGGCGAGACACCGACUUGAUAACGGUACGAGUAUUUCAAAAUAUUUAGAUCAUGCAGCGAGCGAACGCGAAAGCAACUCUCCGCCUGAGCCGGCACCGCCUGAGGUGCCUCCGCGCGGGCCUUCGCUGCACGUGACGCUGCGCCACCGGCCCGCGCCCAGCGAUCAGCCCGUCGACCCUGACCGACUGUAUCUGUCUGAAGAAUUCGUAAUGUCGGAGGGCGGGCACGGCGCGGCCGCGUUCCCGGCGCGCUCGCCCAUGUCCAGCUCCACCACCGGACACUCGAGCUCCAGCCAUCACAGGACUCCCCCAGAAGCACUCGGCUCCAACUGCACCGAGCUGCAACUGGAGCCAGGAGAACGAGCUGUAGCUCAUCACAAGCUGCAUUCAACUAACUUCAUUCAAAAAUUUCGGUGCCUGGUUACUCAACAAUAA